AUAAAAAGUACACUCAUCGUUUUUAGAAGGGAUGUCCUAUACUAAAACACAUAUAAAUUAAAAUUUUUGGUAAAAACGCGAACUAAAUAUAUUUUUUUAGUGUACUUUUCACUUAACCUCCGGAUCCCACGCAACAAUCUUUUUCAAAUAAAAAUACCCUCCUAAGAUUAUCCUCAUCACUCUCUUAAUCGUCUGUUGUCGUCUUCGUGGUGAGCUGGUCAGUGCUGCCACGUUCAGGAAUGUCGGAGAAACGGAUCAGCGGCGACGGUUUAACAGCCAACCUUGCCGGAAUGUCGAAGAACCAACUUUACGAUAUAAUGUCUCAGAUGAAGAAUCUCAUCGAACAGAACCAGCAACAAGCCAGGCAGAUCCUCAUCCAGAACCCUAUGUUAACCAAAGCUCUUUUCCAGGCACAAAUUAUGCUAGGAAUGGUGCAACCACCUCAAACGGUUCCAAAAGUUCAGCCAAUUUUACCGCAGAACACUCAGCCGCCGGUGCAGCCAAACAUUCAGCCUGCCCCUUUAUUGCCCGGGCAAGGUGGUUUUCAGGAUCAAGCAGGUGUAUCGCAACCCCAGAUUCCUCUACGAAAACACCCGAACCAACCUCCGCCGCUGGUCUCAUCAACUGCUGUUCCUGCAAUGAGUCAUCAAUCUCAGCCGAUGGCCGCACACUCUUCUCAAAUGCCACAGCAACCCAAGGGACAUCUGGCUCCCCAAGUGUCUUCCGGGCCACUUCCACAAUCAUCACAACUUCCAAACAUACUGACCCCUUCGCCCCAUUCAUCUGCACAACCUUUGCAGACACCUGGAUUUUCACAUAUGCCUCCGCAACCGCCGUUGCCGCCACAGCACCGACCACCUUCAGUAACCAAUUAUCAUUCCCAGUACCUUCCACAAACGGGUGCCAAUAUAGGUUUUCAACACGGUGGUGCUCCUCACAAUCUUUCGCAAUCCUUGUUUCUUCCAGGUACAAAACCUCCUGCAAGUGGUGGACCUACAUUUCCACAGGGGCAGAAUCCCCUGCUUCCAAGUCAACAGUCAUCUCAAUCACGUUUUCAGGUUGGGAAUAUGCCUUUAGGGCCUGAUUUUGGCAGUCAAGCUGGAAGUGCAAUGCAAGUUGAUAGAGGGUCUUCUUGGAUGCCUGGUCCUUCAGAAAACCCAACACCGCAUUCUGUACCUCCAGGACCACCAUCUGUAGUGCCUGGUCUGAUGGGCGCUUCUAAUCAGCCACUUCGGCCUCCUGCGUUGACACCGGAGAUGGAGAAGGCGCUGCUUCAACAAGUCAUGAGUCUCACACCAGAGCAGAUAAAUCUACUUCCUCCAGAACAAAGAAAUCAAGUGCUGCAGCUUCAACAGAUGUUGCGUCAAUGAUGUAGUGCACAUAAAUCCAUGCAAUUUGGCAGGCAUUAUUCUAUGAUCAAAUUGAUUGGCUUCAGUGAAGUUUUGUAGAGGUUGAUAAUUAAAUAGGAAUGAAUUCAAUCGUAUAAUCAUAUUGUGAAUGAAUUUAAUUGAAUAGCAGAGAUGAAGCUAUCUCUUGCUGGCUGCAUGUAACGGCCUAUGUCAUUCAGAAACUUCAAUGCAAAUCAUUAAGUGUUUGAAAACUUAGAAAUUAGAAUACUCGAAAUCCCAAUCACUGUCUUCAUUACCAA